UGAUGCAUUAUUAUGCAUUCGAAUAUCACCAAUGGCUAACCUAAUUGCCAAAUGGCAGCACUUGUUCACAAGAUCUAUCUCGACGAUGACGCAUUCGCAGCACUAUAUACCUCCUCUGAAUUUUGGAAUGGUGGAGGAAGACCUCUACCGGUCGGGGCAACCCAAUGAAUUGAAUUUUCCAUUUCUCGAGAAGCUCGGUCUUAAAACGGUCAUCUUCCUGGCUCCGGAAGAGCCAAACCAAAGAUUUUUGAACUUUAUUGAGGACCAAGAGAUACAGUUUCACCACCUGGGGAUUAACGUUUCUGCAAAUGCAUGGGAUCCAAUAUCUGAGGAGGUGGUACUGGAGGCCUUGGAGUUAAUACUUGAUCCAAAAUCUUAUCCAAUGAUUGUAAUGUGCAACUUGGGGCGACAUCGUACCGGGACAGUGAUUGGCUGCCUUCGAAAGCUGCAACGAUGGAACUUGACAUCGAUAUUUGAAGAGUAUCGCCGGUAUGCAGGGCCAAAGGUCCGCGUACUUAACGAACAGUUUAUUGAGCUGUUUGAUACCGACUUGGUUCGUGUUCCCAUCAAUCAUCCUCUGUGGCUGUAAGAUAUCUGCUAUCCUGCUCGAGGAUAUCGUCACGGAUCUCCCAUACUGUUUAUGCUUUAUUAAUACUAUCGACCAUGGUUUGUACAAUAUUUAUAAAUGAGCACGAUUUGAAACCCUA